AUGACUGCAGCAUUGCUGCAAGUUGGUUUCGGCGGUCAUGUGGCUGUUAGGAUGCCAUAUUUGAAUCCAGCUGGUGUAACAUACGUUAACAACGUCCCAGAGGAAUCAUCCCUUGCAUAUUACGCUCAAGCUGCGGUUCCAGCUAAAGUAGAGGCACAUCACGUGGGAUAUGCAACUGCACAAGUACCAGCUGUGGCAGCUGUUCCUUAUGUCAAACAUAUACCCACUGUAUCUCAUGUUCCUGUUACCAGGAUCGAGGCUCAACCGGCUGUAUUUGAAAAACAGCUCGAUGUCAUUAAACCUGCAGUAUCUACGCGUAAAGUAGAGGUACGCCGGCCAGCUAUUCAGAAACAAUUCUACGAUAUCGAAGAACGCGUGAUCAUCAGACCAGCUGGUUCAGCAGUAGUAGAACUUGACGAGCCAACGUCUAAAUCACAGAAAGGGCCUGCUGUUAUACAACCUUUGGCUUAUAAUCACGUCUCCGUUGGCCACUCUCCAGUCCAAGUGCCAAUACUUUCUCAUUCGGUUAAUUCAGCUCCGAUCUUCGCUCCCUCCUCGACUCCAGCACCAGCGAUAAUAUCUUCGAGCCCUUCAUCGAUUUCCGAGGAAGAAUCCGUUGUAGUUGAUAAUCCUGAAUUCCGUAACGCUAAUUCUCCACAAAAUGGACAACUAAUCACUCGUUCAAACGGAGCACCAUUCGAAGAAAAUUCUCCAUUCAUUGCCCAUGACCCAUCCCCAUCCAUUGUUCCUAGUCAAAGAUUAAACGCUGAAGAAAAUAAAUCGAAUCAAAACAGACUGAUCGAACUUCUGACAGCGCGCGGUAGUGUUUCUGAGGUUGGAUUCGGUCGUGCAGGAGACUUAAGCAGACAGAAUAUCGAAGCAGGACACGUACGUGCACGCGUUUUGUCCGCAACACCAGCACCUGACGAUGCAGAACCAACCGAUCAACGUGUCUCCACCAGACGUGUCGUAGUUAGCAGACCAAUUGAAACUCUUCAAGAAGUUGAUGUUGUUGAGCCAGCGACUAAACUCGAAAGAGUAUCCAUUCAACAACCAACUCUGAUUAAAACAGCUCGUUUGGAUCAUGUUCAAGUUCAUGGCUCUGUACCAGUCGUUGGGAAAGCUUAUGCMCCAGCCGUAGCACACGCUGCUGUUCCUGUUUAUCAAAAAACUAUAUCACCUGCUUACGAAUAUUAUCAUUAA